AGGCGGAAGUAAAGGGCUGUGUUUAUGUGCGCGCGUGUUGAUGGCAGCCUCCACUGACAGCAUGGCGAACAUAAACAGCGCGCUCUGUCAAAUAGCCACGGAAAAACUUACAAACACGCAUCUCAUAACUUUGCAAACUGUGACGACAACUUUACGGGAUGAGCAGUUCAGAGCCAGUGUUGACAGAGAGGCUCUUGGAAACCUCUUUGCAGUGCUGUCAAGGCUUUUUGUGGAUGUACAGCAUAUGGUUGAAAAAACGGAUUCACAGGAAGAAUCAGCAUCUCUGUGCCUUAAACUCACCGCAGAGUGUUUCAGAGCGCACAGAAAUGCCUGCGUACAGUGCACUCAAAACCAGUGCUGUCUGAGAGAUCUAGGCUCUAUCAAGCUAUCUUUUGAGAUCUUGACCAUACUCCUCAAGAUUUCGUCAAGAGGUUCAAAUGACAUUUGGGACGCACUUCGAUGUGGGAUUCAGUUUCUUGGUAACAUUGCUGUUGGAAACCAGCUUUGCAAAGAUGACAUCUGGGAGCUUGGGUUCCCGCAUGUCUUUUGGGACCUUUUGGAGCUUGCAGAUGAGAGAGCGGUUUCAUACACAUGUAUGGUGAUCCACACUUGUCUGGAUAAACACAAGACAGAACAGCUUGUUAAAGACACACAGCAGCUUAAAUUGUCCCUGAAGAUCAUAGACUUGUGCAGGACGUUGCCUGAUGUGGACUGGACGGUCUUUAUUGUCACAAAACACUUUCUCAAGUCGUCAGAGCUCAUUAGGAAGAUGUACACUGAAAUGAGCAAUGAGGAAAGGCUCACACUGUUGGAGCUGAUAUUAGCCCAGCUUGGUGUCGUUGAGGAGGAGAAGUGCUCAAUGCCUCUGAGCACAGCUCAGUUCCUGGCUUCCUGUUUUACUGAUCACUGCAGUGCUGUUCUCACUCUGAGCUCUGAAUCAUCAGAUGACCAGGAGGCUAUGGUUGUCAUCAGGCUUUUAGACAUCCUUUGUGAGAUGACCUCUGACUGCAAGGAGUUUAUGGCCCUGCAGGAUCACGCUGACCUUUUGAGAGCAACAGUUGAUCUCUUGAAAGAGGUCCACUUACUGGGCAAAACCAGUAAAAAUGUGUUUACUGCUGCACACGACUUCUCCUUGACAAGGCCAGGGGGCGCCGAUACCCAUCCUGUCCUCAGUUUCAAAGCUCAUCUCAUUCGGCUCAUUGGAAACCUGUGUCAUGGCCACGCUGUCAACCAGGACAAGGUAAGAGAACUGGACGGUAUAGCUCUCAUUCUGGACAACUGCAGCAUCGACAGCAACAACCCCUUCAUAAGCCAGUGGGCUGUGUUUGCCAUCCGGAACAUCCUGGAACACAACCUAGAGAAUCAGAAGCUGAUACAAGGACUUCGGAGACAAGGUGUGGCAGACGACUCUAUGCUCAGAGAAAUGGGCUUCAGAGCGGAAGAAAGGGAUGGAAGUCUACUGCUCAGGCCCCUAAAGAAAGACUCAUAGUUGAUUAAGUAGAGCUGGGAAACUGCUGUCCCGGAAUGCCCAUCCCCACACCCCUUUACCAUGCUGUAUUACACUCUGGAGAUGGCUUAAAACGCCCACAACACAUUGGGGUAAUUAAAUAUCCAAUCAGUAGUUGGGAACAUAAAGGGGGUGGUCUGGGCUUUGUGUUCUCCACACAAGAGGAAAUCAAUCAGAGGAGCUUAUGUGAGAGAACUCAUGCUGGCGUCUGUGAUGCAUUUAGUGGUCUUUGAUUCCAACCCCUGAAAGUGGGAUUCAGAUCCUAUGAAACAAGGAGAACUGUGUCUUCCUGGCUUUUCAGCCACUAAAGAAACUCUGGUGACCAACAGGGAGUAGAGGUUAAUCCCUAAUUCAGUGCAUUUUAUUGAGACCAGGCUGUCUCUUGACCUGGACACACAAAGUUCGUCUUUGAAUAGCUGUGAGACUUGGAUCCUUCUUUUUGAAAACUGCCUUAAGAUUUUGUGCUUUAAAAUGGGGUUUGUAUACAAAGCCGUGGAAUUUCAACAAUAAUCAACAAUUAUUCAACAAUAUAUAUGUAUAAAUAUAUAUAUUAUAUAUGUGUGUGUGUGUCUCUUAUAAUCUAAUAUGGAGUAGAAAACAUACACACUUAAUAUAAAGUAAAUAUUUUCAUGAUUAUAAAUCAAUUAAUUUAAGUUUGUAAACGAUGUGUUUUCCUUAGAAUAAAAUGUAUACUCUACAUGCUUUUAAAAGAUAGUAUAAAUGUGUCUUUACACAUAAAAAUAAAAUAGCUGCUCUUCUAUUUUAGGAAAAGUGUCCCAGGAUUCUUAUUGAUAGUUUUGCUUAUUUACUGUCCAGCCUAACAUACACACAGUGGGGAAAAUAUUUAUUUGAUCCCCUGCUGAUUUUGUAAGUUUGUCCACUUUGUGAUUUUUUUUGAUAGGUUUAUUGUUUUACUUAUAGAGACAUCAUUCCAACCAAAACAAUCGAGAAAAAACACAUUAUUUAAAGGGGGGUUGAAAUGCUCAUUUUCACACAAUCUCCUGUUAAUCUUGAGUACCUAUAGAGUAGGUAUAAGAAUCACGAGCGCGAGUAGGCUUUUGCGUUGAGAGCGGGUUCAUUCUGACGCUCCUCGGACUCGCUCCGAGCGGGGCUCGAACCCGGGUCUCCUCUAACAUGGAGGCUAAAUGGCUACAGCCACUAGCGUCUGUUGCUAGCGCGUCUCUUGAGAUCGGGGAGGUUUACCUGCACAGGACUACUCGCUGGCAUCCGUUACACUUAGCGGUUUUGGAAAAUGACUAAGUUCCACUUUAUGUCGUCUUUUUUUUUUCAUUAAAGGUGUACAAGGUUUACUUGAUGUGCUUACGCGCCAAAAGCUAAGUUAACAACACAGAGAUAUUUGAAGCAGUUUUACCCACCGCCUGCGGUUCCAACACACGAUCGUGACCCUUUUUCAUUGGGACUGCAUUAUCCUUAAGAAAUAAACAAUAUGCAAAUCCGGCGUCAAACUGGGCCUUGUUUGUAAAACAAGCAUCUUCGAAAUGCAGGGAACCAACAAAAACACUUGCACAACUCCGUCGAUGCUCUUUAAAAAUAAACUCCGUCCACUGGUCCCUUGAUGUUUUUUUUCUGGUAAUCUGUGCAGGGUUGUCUUGUCCUCACAACCAAAAACACACUUUCGCUCUGGUCAGUGAAUGUCUCUGCUCUGCUAUACGGGAGCGCGCGCUCUUCCGGGAGAAGUGCCUUUAGGACCCAUAUAAGGAAAUUCCGCUCCAUCUCACGUCACAGAGCCAUACUCGAAAAAAACUUUCCGAAACUUGUGACAAACCGGAAGAUUAAUUUGUACGUCCUUCAAACGUACAAAUUAAUUUUUGAAACUUUGUCCAUGUUUAGCAUGGGAAUCCAACUCUUUAACAGUGUAAAAAACUCAGUAUGCAUGAAAUAGCAUUUCACCCCCCCUUUAAAGGUUAGAAUUGAUUUGCAUUUCAAUGAGUGAAAUAAGUAUUUGAUCCCCCAAACAAAACAUGACUUAGUACUUGAUGCAGAAACCCUUGUUGGCAAGCACAGAGGUAAGACGUACCUGGUAAGACCAGGUUAGGUUUGCACACAUCUCAGGAGGGAUUUUGUUCCACUCCUCUUUACAGAUUCUGUAUAAAUCCUUAAGGUUUCUUGGCUGUUUUUUGGCAACUCAAAGUUUCCGCUCCCUCCACAGAUUUUCUAUAGGACUGAGGUCUGGAGACGGGCUUGGCCACUCCAUGACCUUAAUGUGAUUCUUCUUGAGCCACUCCUUUGUUGCCUUAGCUGUAUGUUUGGUGAAAUCGUCCUGUAACCUUAGCAGAACAACAGCCCCAAAGCAUGAUGUUUCCAGUCAGCAUUUCUCUCCCUCCAAACAUGGCAAGUUGAGUUAAUUUUGGUCUCAUCUGACCACAACACUUUCUCCCAAGAAAUGAAUCAUUUAGAUGUUCUCUGGCAAACUUUAAACUGGCCUGUACAUGUGCCUUCUUGAGCAGGAGGACCUUGUGGGCGCUGCAGGAUUUCAGUCCAUUGUGGCGUAGUGCCACCAAUGUUUUGCUUGGUGACUUUGGUCCCAACUGUCUUAAGAUCAUGUGAAGCUGAUUUAUGAUUAUUUUGUAUUUUAUCCAAUUCUGAAUAAUCGCUAGCCUGACAACGUCAGACUUCCUACUUCCGCUCAAUUUCACUUCGCUUCUGUACUCAGUCUGAUACAGCGUCAGAGCUUUCUGUUUGCCACCGGUCUGGAAACAGCCGGGCCAAUCAACGAACAGAGGGCAGGCUGAGAGCCUUGACGUAGAUGCGUAGAUUAACUUCGCAUAAUCUGCAAAAGUCGUUUACAGCCAUGUUCACUCCAGUAUUUCGCUCGCAUCAUCAUGUGUUUACAACAGGUUUACAGUGUUCAAUCAUAGAUUUGAGUUCGAUGCAUGAUGUCUGUGCUUCGAUGCGGCUGUACAGGCGCAUAACAUACAUCAUAACUAAAUGUAUCUGAUUGGCUUACGGUAACCAAUGAUUUUAAACUUCAGACAAGCGCCCCCUAGAAAGAGAGAAAACACUUCUCUAUUAUGCCAUUCCAGACUCUGUCUACGAAGCAAAGUGAAUUAGCAGAGUCUUACCAGGCUAAAUAAUCGCACCCACAGUUGUCUCCUUCUCACCAAGCUUUUUGCUGAUGGUCAUGUAGCCGAUUCCAGCCUUGUCCAGAUCUACAAUCUUGUCUCUGACAUCCUUUGACAGCUCUUUGGUCUUGUCCAUGGUGGUGGGAGAGGUUGGAAUGGAACAAACCGAUUGCAUGGACAGGUGUCUUAUACACCCAACAAGCUGACAUUAGGAGUAACUUAAAGUGGCAGGACUAAUCGUUUAACAUGGGCACAUAACCAGUCUUUGGGAGCCAGAACUCUUGCUGGAUGGUAGGGGAUCAAAUACUUAUUUCACUCACUGAAAUACAAAAUGGGUUCUAACCUUUAUAUAAUGUUUUUUCCAGAUUUUUUUGGUUGGUGUUCUGUCUCUAUCCAUUAAAAUAAACUUACAGACCCCUAAUUUCUUUGUAAUUGGGCAAACUCACAAAAUCAGCAGGGGAUCAAAUAAAUAUUUUCCCCACUGUAGGACAUUAGAAGAGCAACACCUCUUAAACCGACCAGAAAUCAGUCCUCAGGCCUUUCUCUCUCUGGCUAUCCCACAGCACUUUUUGGCUCUCCUGGUCAUCUAGUUCUGCCCUUAGUUUGUCCUAAGUGAAUCGGACCAGAAGUAUUAGCUUGCAGAAUCACAUCUCACCCCGUCCUGUUCUGGAAUGAGCUGAGUGGUCCACACACAUACACCCCUGUAGCAUUAAUACCCCUCUGUGGAGGCCUCUGCUCUCCCAACCACACCCUGUUUUUUCUGCCUCAUAUUUUUUAAUGACAAAAUGUUUUUGUGAAACAAUCGGGGUUGACUUUUCUCUCAAUCCGGGGUAUAGUGUUGGGAGCUUACGCGGUUCCGGUACCCAGCAUUUCAGACGGCUAACAAAACAGGUCCACUUUACUUCUGCUUCGGUGACUGCCUGCAAUGCUUUUCACCCACAGGAAAAAGACCAGAGGGGCAGAGAGCACGCGGCGGGUGAAUGAAUGAGCCAGGUCGGAUGCCUAUUCAAACCCAGGUGGGAA